AUGAAGGCAGCCCUGCUUCUCUCCGCCCUGGCCUCUUGCGCCAUUGGCGUCGUCGCCGCCGAGGACCUCAAGAUCGAUGUCACCCACGCCGUCGAGUGCGAGCGCAAGACCCAAAAGGGCGAUAAGCUGUCCAUGCACUACCGGGGCACUCUGCUCGAUUCCGGCAAGCAGUUUGAUGCCAGCUAUGACCGCAACCAGCCCUUCAGCUUCAAGUUGGGCGCCGGCCAGGUGAUCAAAGGAUGGGAUCAGGGUCUUCUCGACAUGUGCAUUGGGGAGAAGAGAACUCUCACGAUCCCCCCGGAGCUGGGCUACGGCCAGCGCAACAUGGGUCCUAUCCCAGCUGGUUCAACUUUGGGUAUGAUCUCCGUUCCCUCCAUCUACAUCCUUUUGCUUUUCCAAUUCAACCCCCACGCCGCAUCAGAUAUCAGACCACUAAUUGAUGUCAUAGUCUUUGAGACCGAGUUGUUGGCCAUCGAGGGCGUCAAGGCCCCCGAGAAGCCUGCCGCGAAGCCCACCGAAGAGUCAGUGGCCGAGAAUGUUGCCGAAAAGGUUGCCAGCGUCGCCGCCGAGGCUGCUGAUGCCGCCAAGACGAUUCUUUCCGACACUGAUGAUACGUCCGAGACUCACGAGGAGUUGUAA